AUGGACAUCGAUGAGCGUAUCGAACUGAUGCACGAGGUGCAGGGGAAACUCUGGGAGGACCGCCUAAACGAGACGCAGCGAAGCGGCCGCCUCUGUGCAUGGGUAUCGAGCUUCCAUCAUGAUCGACUUCCCUGUUGGCUCGGGGACAACGACUUUCGUUAUGGCUCCUACAAUGCUGGGUUCAAGCUCGUUUUCGGCGACGGCACUGCCUGGCUGCUGCGUUUCCCGCGAGUUGGCAGGGUCCACGAUGCGUAUGCUGACGAGAAGGUCGCCAUGGAGGUUGCCGUGAUUAAUCUCAUCCGCAAUGAAACCACAGUGCCCGUUCCGAAGAUCCAUGCUUGGGGCGUGGCGGCACAGAACUCUCUCGGUCUGGGUCCGUUCAUUAUCAUGGAGUUCAUUCGGGACGCACUCCUAAGGGAGAACCUCAACGACGACGAGAUAGAGAUUAUCUACAGGCAGUUCGCUAACUUCCUGCUCCAGCUUUUGAAGCUCGACUUUGAGCAGAUCGGCAGCCUGGACUCCCCAACUCCAGGACUCCGCUUCCCGAUACGACCGUUGACUUGGAAGGCUCAUGACAUUCUUCAAACCGGAGGAGUCGACAUUUUCGGUGAUAGGAACAGAGGCUUUUCGUCGACGACCGAGUAUUUCCAGUAUCUUGCCGAGCAGGAUUGGGAGCAACUUUUCUGGCAACCAAACUCAUCCUUGAUACCAAAGUUCGUUCACAAAGAGUACGACCGUGGGAAGUUCAAGAUCGUCUGUGACGAUCUUGGCCUGGCGAACUUGAUUGUUAGAAGCAGACAAGACCUCACUGUCAUCGGGGUAGUUGACUUUGAAUGGUCUUACAUCGGGCCGGCCCAGCUCUUCGGCUCAGCGCCGUGGUGGCUUCUCAUGGACCGGCCAACAAACAAGGCAUGGGACUGCGACAUGGGUGAGCCAAUCAGGAUCACCAACCGUUACUUCAGAUACUUGAACAUCUUCAAACACGUUCUGGGAGAGGAGGAGGACAAGACGCCAGGGCACGAAAAUAAAGAGCUCUCUAACCUCAUCCACUGGUCUGAGGAGUCGGGGGCCAUGUGGGUCCACAUGCUACUCUCGACUGGCUUCAACGAUCCCUGCAGUUUCCCUUUCACGAAACUGUUACAGCACAUAGGUGUGGAUGAGUGGGAUAGGCGCGAGAAAGAAGUCAGCCAAGAGGAGGCUGCGGCAUUCGGGGCGCAGAAGGCGCUACAGUUAGAACAGUACAACUGUGACCUGGAGACGGAGGCGCACAAAGCCCUUGUGGACGAGGGGAGAAAGGACGACUUUAUUCCCAUGCUCUAG